AUGGACCACUCGACCCUCGCAAGCGCAGUAGCAGCCCACAAUCAUCAAGCCUUCCUAGACCCAGCACUCGCACAAGAAGAUAUCGACGCGGCUACCGCGGAAAUCAUCAAUGCGUCCAUCCGGAACGCUGCCCAGGCUCACGCGGCCGCUGCGGCCGAAGCUGAAGCCGAGGCGCAGGCAGCAGAGGCAGUUGUAGCUGAGGCUGUUGCCGAGGCUGCUCUCAACUCGGACAGCGUCAUUGACCCGUCGCUACUGGAUCCCGAGCCGGAAGGGGACGCGGAGCAGCUGGACGAGGCUGCCAAGCCAGUAGCGGGACCCUCCACCCUGCCGCCCCAGCCGAAUCUACAUUACCCCCUGGUGCGGCCUCAAAGAGACGACAAUACGCCUUAUCCGGAGGAGCACGUGUUCCCGACGAAGGCGGAGUUUGACGUGUGGAUGGCGGCCGAAAGUAGCUGGUGUCAUUAUGUCCAGCGGAGGAUCACUAAUCCGGAAAAGAGGGCGGAUGAGCGUGCCAAGGCGAGGGAUAGAGCGCAUGAGCGGAAGCUAGCGGGUGAGGUCAUAUCCAAGUUUCCUGGAGGACUACGGCUGAUCAGGAUAGCGAUGACCCCGGAAGAAGCAGCUCGAGAACCCCCGCUGAAGAAACGGAAUCGAAGUCGGACUUCCGCUGUGGUGCACAAGAUCACCUAUACAUGCCAUCACGCUGGAAAGUACGAGUCCCAGCACAACAGCGACUUGCCUCAAGAGCGUCAGCGGAUGAACACGAAGGUAUCGGUCAAAUGUGGCUGUAUGAGCCGGGUCGUGAUGAACGAGAUGGAAGAUGGGGAGAUCAAGGUCGCGUUCUGGUGGAAGCACAAUGGGCACGACCCAUUCGCGGAUAACGAAGCUGAGACCUAUCGCCUUCCCCAACCCGUCAACGACUGGCUCGUCACUCAAUUCAACAAAGGCAAGGAACCUCAUGAUAUCCUCGCUCUCCUCAACGUCAAGGAGGACGUCAAGGCAGAGCGGAUCCGACGGGCCGAGGCACUCGCAGCCGGCGAACCGGUCGCGGACGAAGACGAGGAUCUCCCGCCGAUCAUGGCUUACGGACUAAACAUCAAGUACCCGGACCUGUACAACCGAUAUCGGAAGGUCGGGCCGCCAUUGCGGCGCAAGAAGGCGGAAGCGGGCGGGAGUGGGAGCGGGGCGUCGACGCCAUUAGUCGAGGGUGCGGAGAAGGUGGCGACGAAGAAGGGGAGGAAGAGGAAGGUCCAGCAGGAUGACGAGGAUGGGGACGGGCUUGCGGCCGAGGAGGGACCGGGAAAUGGCAAGGCGGGAGGAGCGAAGGCAUCGAGGCCUAAGCGGGCGAAGGGGAAGGGCAAGGCUGCUCAGGCAGAGGAGGCGGGAGGGGAGGAGGUGGUCUUGGGUGAUCUCAUGUCCGACGCCGAGGCGGCACAUGAGGGUCAAAGCGGCGUGGAGGCGGGAACGGAUCAACAACUGUACCUCGCGGAAGAGUUCAACUUUGCGGAUCUCGACGACUCCUUACAUCACCUCGGCGGUCCCUCGGCUUCCAUCGGUCCCGUCGACACCGCAUCCCAAGUCGGUCAUCUCCCUGCUGGCACCUCGUCGGACCUCCUCGGCUCUGAUAUGGCAAUGAUCGAUCCCAGCCUCAGUACACCCACAUCCUCGCUUCCUGUCCCGCAUAUCGAGCCUUCCCACGCCGAUAUGCUCCGUGCCGCUGUUGCGGCUACGGCUACUGCCAGGCUGCUUCUUGACAAUAGUGAUGGACAUGGGCAUGCGGGCGGGGCGCAUCAGGGAGGAGGAGGUGAGGGGGAAGGGGCGAUGUUGCAUGGGGACGCGCAAGGGGGGAUGAUGGACGAGGAGGAGACUACGAGGAUGACGGAGGAGCUGGAGAAGCUGGCGAAUGAGAUUACGUCGACAUGGCGGCACUAG